GACUUUGUCGAUGAGUUUGCAGAUCUCUCUGUGUCUCGUCGUGGCCCGGCUGAUAGUCCAGAAGCUUCUCACCCGAUAAUGAUGUGCCCCCCUGGAGAGGAGAAAGCAGGAGGAGAGGAUGGCAACAACAGAGGAGUGUUUAGCAUAGACAACUGUUGACCUAUAAACUUUAAAAAAAAAAUAAGAGGGCCCAUAAAUACGUAUUUUGGGGGUAGGGUUUAAGGGUUGUUUUGGAACUGGGGAAGAGGCUAGCUAGUGGAUUCUCGGGGACUGAGUAUUUGUUACUGGGCAGUGAGGACUAGGAAGGGGUUAACAAGAAGUAUAUUUGGGAAGAGGCUUGGGGUUGGUUUCAGACUGGUUUAAGGGAUGAUUUGGGACAAGGCAGUGAAGGGAAGGGGUUAUAGCAGGGAUCAUCAACUAGAUUCAGCCGUGGGACGAUUUCUUUCUUGAGCGGAUGGUCAUGGGCCGGGAAACAUAAUUACAAAUAAUGCAAAUUGACCACACAAACGGUUAUAAUAUUUUAUAAACAAUCUUUUCACAUACACUGAGUGUACAAAACAUUAGAAACACCUUCCUAAUAUUGAGUUGCACCCCCUUUUACCCUCAGAACAGCCUAAAUUCAUGAUUGUAGCCUACAUGCAUUAAAGCUGAAAUCCACAUCGAAAUCUCAGGACAUGCUCUGCUGUUCUAUCGUGCAUGCAAUGAUGUCGGAGGGAAAACAAACAGCGUUCGAUGUUUACAGUAACUUAUUUGUUGGUAUAAUAUGGCAAACAGAUGUGGCAGUUUCACCUUUAAGGAAUCCUGCUUUAAGCUGUAGAAGUGAAUCAGUUCUCUGUGUGUCACAUGAGGUUAUCAAACGUACCUUUCCCUUCACAAUGCAUAACUCCUCUCUGUAUCACGGCAGAACUGCAAUGUAAAAGACAAGGUUAAAAACUCCUAGUACCACUACCUCUUGGGAUAAGAGCAUCUCACUCUAUUUACAGUUUAGUCAUUUAGCAGACACUCUUAUCCAGAAUGACUUACAAUUACUGCAUUCAUCUUGAGAUAGCUAGGUGAGACAACCACAUAUCACAGUGAUAGCAAGUACAUUUUCCCUCAACAAGUAGUUAUCAGCAAAAGUAUGAAAAAGUAUUCAUGGGUUGCACAUUGCAUCACAAUAUUGUUUUGAACAUUCGUUUUAGGACUGAUGCCCAGCUCUACUCAAUGCAUCCUCAUUGGGGGGCUGAUGAAGAUUGUCUAAAGUCCAUUACUGUGGCUUGAAAACACAAUUACAUUUCUAAAGAAGACUGUAAUAAUUAGUAGGAAGACCCUUUGUCAUCAUUUUGAUGUCGCCAGAUUGACUUCAGAUGCAGUAAAACCUCCAGAUUUUAGCUAGCUGUAACAGACCGAGGGUUCAGAGAGAACGAGAGUGUGUCGGGGGGGAAAGACUGAAUGAGAAGGACGCCUUGUUUGUAAGGGUAGCAAGAAACAUGCAUUCAUCACUGUUGUCUGCUUGAGUUUUGAUCACAGUUCCGUUCUACUCACCUAUAUUCAAUGUAGUGGUUCUGAAUUCCCCCAGUUCCCUUCCAUCAGGCCGGCAGUUCUCUUUCUGCAGCUAACAGUUCCCUUCCAUCAGGCCGGCAGUUCUCUUUCUGCAGCUAACAGUUCCCUUCCAUCAGGCCGGCAGUUCUCUUUCUGCAGCUAACAGUUCCCUUCCAUCAGGCCGGCAGUUCUCUUUCUGCAGCUAACAGUUCCCUUCCAUCAGGCCGGCAGUUCUCUUUCUGCAGCUAACAGUUCCCUUCCAUCAGGCCGGCAGUUCUCUUUCUGCAGCUAACAGUUCCCUUCCAUCAGGCCGGCAGUUCUCUUUCUGCAGAUAACAGUUCCCUUCCAUCAGGCCGGCAGUUCUCUUUCUGCAGCUAACAGUUCCCUUCCAUCAGGCCGGCAGUUCUCUUUCUGCAGCUAACAGUUCCCUUCCAUCAGGCCGGCAGUUCUCUUUCUGCAGCUAACAGUUCCCUUCCAUCAGGCCGGCAGUUCUCUUUCUGCAGCUAACAGUUCCCUUCCAUCAGGCCGGCAGUUCUCUUUCUGCAGCUAACAGUUCCCUUCCAUCAGGCCGGCAGUUCUCUUUCUGCAGCUAACAGUUCCCUUCCAUCAGGCCGGCAGUUCUCUUUCUGCAGCUAACAGUUCCCUUCCAUCAGGCCGGCAGUUCUCUUUCUGCAGCUAACAGUUCCCUUCCAUCAGGCCGGCAGUUCUCUUUCUGCAGCUAACAGUUCCCUUCCAUCAGGCCGGCAGUUCUCUUUCUGCAGCUAACAGUUCCCUUCCAUCAGGCCGGCAGUUCUCUUUCUGCAGCUAACAGUUCCCCUAAAGUUACUAUCAUGUUCAGGGCAUCCUGUUCUAGCAGUAAAUGUAACUUGUGUCGACAUUACAUUAGCAGGUGGAAAGUUCAAUACUUGCGAGAAGAUGGCACCCUACCAUUACGCUGGUUUUACACUGAGCUGCACCUCAGCCAUUUUGUAAUGGCAGUGUCAGCCAAUCAGCUCCUUUGUUGUUCAACGCAACGUGCCAUUCCAGAAUGGCUGCUGUGGUUACUGCUAGCUAGCAUGAGGACAAAAUGGCUGUUUUCCGGGAAAACCAACAGUAUUUCAAUCUUGUCGAUGUAGCAGUGUAGAUAAAGAUACAGUUUGGAGUACAGUGGCAUAUCCCAUCCUUGCAUUGAGGUACGUUCUCUGACCCAUAUCUCGCACCUGCUCCAAGGUGUCUUAAUGUAACCAUGAUUGCGUUCUGUCCUCAGUGCAGCUCAGUGUAAACAAGCGUAACGGUAGGGUCGGAAUCUUCUGGCAAGUUCAAUACAAGUAACUACCAAUGUAAAUGAUAUAUGCAAUAUUAUAUAUAUAUAUAUAUAUAUGAAAAUGUAUGCACUCACUAACUGUAAGUCGCUCUGGAUAAGAGCGUCUGCUAAAUGACUAAAAAUGUGUGUGUAUAUAUAUAUUAGGUAGCUACAGUACUAGCAGUUCUGAGGAAAAAUAUUAAAGUAGUUGGUUAGCUAGAAUUAACUGACUUUAAUCAAUGUCCACUAUCAAUGUAGCUAGAUUGCAGGUAGCUGGGUCAGUAGUUACAGAGAGAGAAUCUGUGUCAUAUCCUAGAAAGCCUAAACACUAUUACACCGUUGACGUUAGCCUGCGUGUCAAACAAAUCCCUCGUCCUUGGGAUAGCGGUUAGGAUAGUUUAUCAUUUCGGAAACAUCUGAAAACUACUGACCGUUCAUGUAGAUUGUUAAUACAAUAUAUAUUUUUUUAUGAAUGCAAAAUGUACAUUUACUUGAAUCCAGCCGCCCUGAUGUUUUGGUAGACAACGUGGGUUUGAAUAAUAUUCUGAUGUCAGAACGGAAGCCGCAGAUGUGUAUGACUUUGGAAACCAACUUUGGAACUGUUUCAUCGUAUCGCAAAUUUCUCGUGAUACCAAAUCAAUGCACAUUUAAACCUUGAAAUCGUUUGUUUAAAGAAGAUGUAAAUCCAAGUAAACCGUAAAGAAUAAGUGUCGCACACUUCACACUCCAAGCCAGCAGGGGUCGUAGUUUCAUUAGACGUAAGAACACGUCAUCGCUUUGGUCCCUCUUGCAUCUAUUUGAUGUCGUUUUCUGUAAGGAGUUACUUCCGCGUAGGUGUUUCUCUGUGACUGGAAGUAAACUUCAAACCUUAUUAUACCUCAGUGGAUCCGCGCCAUGCAAUAAUGGACAUAUUGAGUUUCUGAUAUUCCACAUCAACUUCAAAAUACCGUCUUUGCCUCGUUCUCCGAAGAGUGUUGUCUUUCAACACGGAACAGUACAGUUAGCUAGCCACGGCGCAGCUGUGUUUGUCUGUGCACUGGGGAAUGGGAGAGAAUGGAUUGUCUAUGUGAAAUAAUUCAAUGUCUGGUUGCAUUGGCAGUGGCUGCUUUGAUAGUGGUAAGUGUUACACAUGCUGCAGCGUUUGUCUAGCAGGUUAUGGUGCGUGCUGUUUAUGUCAGUCUGUAGUAGCCUGCCUUGUCAUUCAUUCUAACAGGUUGCUGAACUAUCAGAAAGAGGUAGAGAGGGCCCUUCUGUGUGCAUCCAAUCAAUUAAUCAAUCAUGGUUUUGAAAACUAUCCCACAUAAUAUGUCUAAAUGUCUUUGUUUACACAUUGACAAGAAGAUAGAAUCAAUGGAACCAAAACAGACCUAACAAUCUAGAAGCUGAAUCUCAGCACCUGUUGUGGGUCUGUUUUGCAGGUCCUGCUGAUAGCCCAUCUGACUGCCGGGAUGGUGGACCUGAAGCGCCAUGAGAAGGAGAAGUUCUUCCUGACUGCGGCCGGAGAGAAGGAGCCGUUCCCCAGCCUACACGACCCCAGCUCAUUGGAGAUGUCCGUGGUUGUGCCUGCUUACAAUGAAGAGCUACGAAGUUAGUGAGUGGGUUGCCACACAGAUAGACAGCUAGAGAGAGAGGCAGACAGACAGCUAGAGAGAGAGGCAGACAGACAGCUAGAGAGAGAGGCAGACAGACAGCUAGAGAGAGAGAGGCAGACAGACAGCUAGAGAGAGAGAGGCAGACAGACAGCUAGAGAGAGAGAGGCAGACAGACAGCUAGAGAGAGAGAGGCAGACAGACAGCUAGAGAGAGAGAGGCAGACAGACAGCUAGAGAGAGAGAGGCAGACAGACAGUGAUCGAGAGAGGCAGACAGACAGUGAUCGAGAGAGGCAGACAGACAGUGAUCGAGAGAGGCAGACAGACAGUGAUCGAGAGAGGCAGACAGACAGUGAUCGAGAGAGAGAGAGAGAGAGAGAGAGAGAGACAGACAGAGACAGAGACAGAGAGAGGCACGUUUCCUCUUAGAACGACUUAGUCUAAAGGUGGACGAGACAGUAGUGUCAUAUUCAGCAUUAGCCUUGUAAUAAGAGCUUUGCCAAACCGGUAUGUUGUGUUUGGGUUGGAUCCUAUGUCUCUUGCAUUGUCUUCUAGAAGGCAGCCAGUGACUAGCGUCAAUCUCAGCUUCGAGGCAUUUUUUGCCAUAUUAAUUCACACUUGUUAUAGGCUGCGUUUACACCGGCAGCCCAAUUCUGAUCUUUUGCCACAAAUUUCUCUUUUGACCAAUAAGAUCAGCUCUUUUUAAUUGGGCACAAGAUCAGAGAUCCAGGCUGCCUGUGUAAACGCAGCCAUAGACUACGUGUGAACUAAGCUGCCUGUGUAAACGCAGCCAUAGACUACGUGUGAACCAGGCUGCCUGUGUAAACGCAGCCAUAGACUACGUGUGAACCAGGCUGCCUGUGUAAACGCAGCCAUAGACUACGUGUGAACCAGGCUGCCUGUGUAAACGCAGCCAUUUCUACGUGUGAACCAGGCUGCCUGUGUAAACGCAGCCAUAGACUACGUGUGACCUAAGCUGCCUGUGUAAACGCAGCCAUAGACUACAUGUGAACCAGGCUGCCUGUGUAAACGCACCAUAGCCUACGUGUGAACCAGGCUGCCUGUGUAAACGCAGCCAUUUCUACGUGUGAACCAGGCUGCCUGUGUAAACGCAGCCAUAGACUACGUGUGACCUAAGCUGCCUGUGUAAACGCAGCCAUAGACUACGUGUGAACCAGGCUGCCUGUGUAAACGCAGCCAUAGACUACGUGUGAACCAGGCUGCCUGUGUAAACGCAGCCAUAGACUACGUGUGAACCAGGCUGCCUGUGUAAACGCAGCCAUAGACUACGUGUGAACCAGGCUGCCUGUGUAAACGCAGCCAUAGACUACGUGUGAACCAGGCUGCCUGUGUAAACGCAGCCAUAGACUACGUGUGAACUAAGCUGCCUGUGUAAACGCAGCCAUAGACUACGUGUGAACCAGGCUGCCUGUGUAAACGCAGCCAUAGACUACGUGUGACCUAUAUGUUGUGUUGUUGCCACUGCAGUGCCUGUAUGUAUGUGUUGUUGCCAUUGCAGUGCCUAUAUGUAUAUGUUGUUGCCAUUGCAGUGCCUGUGAUGAUGGAGGAAGCUUUGGAAUAUCUGGAAAACAGACGGGUGAGUAACCAGACGGGUGAGUAACCACUGCCAAUGUUGAGGGAAAAUAAGUGGCAAAACAUUGAUGCUGUUCUUCACUCCUGGUCAUGGAGGGACAGUGUGUGCAGGAUUUUGUUCCAGCCCAGCUCUAACACACCUAGUUUUGCUAUUGGAAGUCUUGAUGAUUAGUUGAGUUCUAGCUCUAAGCUGUUUAACCUGUGACCAUCACAUCAACAACCAGCAGUGAAGAUCACUGCUUCACUGUGCUGUCAUUGUUCAAAGUGGCCACCAGAUGGCAGUGAAGAUGUACAAUGUGUUGUUGGUUGACCAGUACAUUUGUACAAUUUAGCCAUUUAGCAGACGCUCUUAUCCGGAGCGACUUACAGUUAGUGAGUGCAUAAUUUUGGGGGGUUUUCAUACUGGCCCCUUCGUGGGAAUCGAACCCACAACCCUGGGUUUGCAAGCGCCAUGCUCUACCAACUGAGCUACAUCCCUCUUUUUAGUUCAAGUUCUAAGGUAGCUUAGUGGUUAAGAGCGUUGUGCCAGUAACCGAAAGGUCGCUGGUUCUAAUCCCCGAGCCAACUAGGUGAAAAAUCUGUCGAUGUGCCCUUGAGCAAGGCACUUAACCCUACUUGCUCCUGUAAGUCGCUCUGGAUAAGAGCGUCUGCUAAAUGACUAAAAUGAAAAUGAAAAAAAAUGUUGUAACUUAUCAAAUUGCAGAUGGCAAACACUCUCUGAAACACUUGAUGACCAUAUUCCUGCUUCAGCCUCAGAUUAUAUUCACUGACAAUGUGCCACUAAUAAAUCAUGCAGAUAAAAACAGCUUAAAUUGAUCGAAAAAACAAAUUUAUAUUAUUGUUUUCUCAUGUCUCUCUCUGUCUCUGUCUCUCUCUGUCUCUCUCUGUCUCUCUCUGUCUGUCUCUCUCUCUCUCUCUCUCUCUCUCUCUCUCUCUCUCUCUCUCUCUCGCUCUCUCUGUAUCUCUCUCUGUAUCUCUCUCUCUCUCUCUCUCUCUCUCUCUCUGUAUCUCUCUCUCUCUCUCUCUCUCUGUCUCUCUCUCUCUCUCUCCCUGCAGAAGCAGCAGCCAUUGUUUACCUAUGAGGUCAUCGUGGUGAACGAUGGAAGCAAAGACAAGACCACAGAGGUACGUUGGUGUUGAUCUUUUAUAUUUGUCUCUAAGAGAUAUUAUUUCUCAAUAUAGAAGGUAGAAUCAUUGCUGAAGCAGCAUUCUUUUCUAGGAUUAUUAGCAUGCUCAAAUAUUAAAAUAUCAGACAGCUCUCCAAUGAAAAUAGCUCUCCAGAAAACCACGUCAUCAAAUGAAUGUGUCUCCAUGUUUUUGUCUGAGUGGUGGUGUAUAACCGUAUGGGGGUUGUCUUCCCAGGUGGUGUAUAACCGUAUGGGGGUUGUCUUCCCAGGUGGUGUAUAACCGUAUGGGGGUUGUCUUCCCAGGUGGUGUAUAACCGUAUGGGGGUUGUCUUCCCAGGUGGUGUAUAACCGUAUGGGGGUUGUCUUCCCAGGUGGUGUAUAACCGUAUGGGGGUUGUCUUCCCAGGUGGUGUAUAACCGUAUGGGGGUUGUCUUCCCAGGUGGUGUAUAACCGUAUGGGGGUUGUCUUCCCAGGUGGUGUAUAACCGUAUGGGGGUUGUCUUCCCAGGAUGCCCUGUAGUACACUGUACACAUAAUGUAAUUAUCUAACAGUAUGUGUGUGUGUUCUGUCUUCCCAGGUUGCCUUGCAGUACACCAGGCAGUUUGGAGCGGACAAAGUGCGGGUCCUGACCCUGGUGAAAAACAGAGGGAAGGGAGGUGCUGUCAGGAUGGUGAGAACAGAGGGGAGGGAGGGGCCGUCAGGAUGGUGAGAACAGAGGGGAAGGAGGGGCCGUCAGGAUGGUGAGAACAGAGGGGAGGGAGGGGCCGUCAGGAUGGUGAGAACAGAGGGGAAGGAGGGGCCGUCAGGAUGGUGAGAACAGAGGGGAGGGAGGGGCCGUCAGGAUGGUGAGAACAGAGGGGAGGGAGGGGCCGUCAGGAUGGUGAGAACAGAGGGGAGGGAGGGGCCGUCAGGAUGGUGAGAACAGAGGGGAAGGAGGGGCCGUCAGGAUGGUGAGAACAGAGGGGAAGGAGGGGCCGUCAGGAUGGUGAGAACAGAGGGGAGGGAGGGGCCGUCAGGAUGGUGAGAACAGAGGGGAGGGAGGGGCCGUCAGGAUGGUGAGAACAGAGGGGAGGGAGGGGCCGUCAGGAUGGUGAGAACAGAGGGGAAGGAGGGGCCGUCAGGAUGGUGAGAACAGAGGGGAGGGAGGGGCCGUCAGGAUGGUGAGAACAGAGGGGAAGGAGGGGCCGUCAGGAUGGUGAGAACGAGGGGAGGGAGGGGGCCCGUCAGGAUGGUGAGAACAGAGGGGAGGGAGGGGCCGUCAGGAUGGUGAGAACAGAGGGGAGGGAGGGGCCGUCAGGAUGGUGAGAACAGAGGGGAAGGAGGGGCCGUCAGGAUGGUGAGAACAGAGGAGAGGAAGGGGCCGUCAGGAUGGUGAGAACAGAGGAGAGGGAGGGGCCGUCAGGAUGGUGAGAAUAGAGGAGAGGGAGGGGCCGUCAGGAUGAUGAGAACAGAGGAGAGGGAGGGGCCGUCAGGAUGGUGAGAACAGAGGAGAGGGAUGGGCCGUCAGGAUGGUGAGAAACAGAGGGGAGGGAGGGGGCCGUCAGGAUGGUGAGAACAGAGGGGAAGGAGGGGCCGUCAGGAUGGGUGAGAACAGAGGAGAGGGAGGGGCCGUCAGGAUGGUGAGAACAGAGGGGAGGGAGGGGCCGUCAGGAUGGUGAGAACAGAGGGGAGGGAGGGGCCGUCAGGAUGGUGAGAACAGAGGAGAGGGAGGGGCCGUCAGGAUGGUGAGAACAGAGGAGAGGGAGUGGCUGUCAGGAUGGUGAGAACAGAGGGGAAGGAGGGGCGGUCAGGAUGGUGAGAACAGAGGGGAGGGAGGGGCCGUCAGGAUGGUGAGAACAGAGGGGAGGGAGGGGCCGUCUGGAUGGUGAGAACAGAGGGGAGGGAGGGGCCGUCAGGAUGGUGAGAAACAGAGGGGAGGGAGGGGCCGUCAGGAUGGUGAGAACAGAGGAGAGGGAGGGGCCGUCAGGAUGGUGAGAACAGAGGAGAGGGAGGGGCUGUCAGGAUGGUGAGAACAGAGGGGAAGGAGGGGCCGUCAGGAUGGUGAGAACAGAGGGGAGGGAGGGCCGUCAGGAUGGUGAGAACAGAGGGGAGGGAGGGGCCGUCAGGAUGGUGAGAAACAGAGGGGAGGGAGGGGCCGUCAGGAUGGUGAGAACAGAGGAGAGGGAGGGGCCGUCAGGAUGGUGAGAACAGAGGGGAAGGGGCCGAGGGAGGGGCCGUCAGGAUGGGAGGGGCCGUCAGGAUGGUGAGAACAGAGGGAAGGAGGGGCCGUCAGGAUGGUGAGAACAGAGGGGAAGGAGGGGCCGUCAGGAUGGUGAGAACAGAGGGGAGGGAGGGGCCGUCAGGAUGGUGAGAACAGAGGGGAGGGAGGGGCCGUCAGGAUGGUGAGAACAGAGGGGAGGGAGGGGGCCGUCAGGAUGGUGAGAACAGAGGGGGGGAGGGGCCGUCAGGAUGGUGAGAACAGAGGGGAGGGAGGGGCCGUCAGGAUGGUGAGAACAGAGGGGAGGGGCCGUAAGGAUGGUGAGAACAGAGGGGAGGGAGGGGCCGUCAGGAUGGUGAGAACAGAGGGGAGGGAGGGGCCGUCAGGAUGGUGAGAACAGAGGGGAGGGAGGGGCCGUCAGGAUGGUGAGAACAGAGAUCUUUUCUUGAUUUCUUAGGAGUGGGGCAGUAUUUUUAAAAAAUUAGAUAGGACAGUGAGGAGAUGGUGUGCUCAAACCCACGCUCACACCGAUGUGUUCCGGAGGCAGCAGCCGAACCACACCAGGCCACCAUAGAACACCUUUCAACCAAUCCAAUAAACCACCAACGCAAAGUCUAGUGAAAACACACUGUCAAUACAUUAUUAUGUCAUGCUUGGUGAGCGUGUGAAAUAUUUCAUGCCCAUAUAAAGUUUAUUGGCACAAAAAGUAAUUUUAAGUAUUGCCAAAGCUGAAAGAAUACUGCCAAUGGCAGCAUAAAUUACAGAAUAGUGUGGUUCUCUCAGGGUACUCUGAGUUCCAGAUGACAGAAUAGUUUGGUUCUCUCAGGGUACUCUGAGUUCCAGAUGACAGAAUAGUGUGGUUCUCUCAGGGUACUCUGAGUUCCAGAUGACAGAAUAGUGUGGUUCUCUCAGGGUACUCUGAGUUCCAGAUGACAGAAUAGUGUGGUUCUCUCAGGGUACUCUGAGUUCCAGAUGACAGAAUAGUGUGGUUCUCUCAGGGUACUCUGAGUUCCAGAUGACAGAAUAGUGUGGUUCUCUCAGGGUACUCUGAGUUCCAGAGGGAGGCUGAUUCUGAUGGCGGAUGCUGACGGAGCUACUAAGUUUGCAGACGUUGAGAAGGUGGAGGCCGGCCUUCACAAUGUAAACACCAAACCAGUGAGUGUCUGUUCCCUUUUCUUCUUUGUGUAUUAGAAUCAUGACUGUAAGAAUCCCCGGUGGUUCCACUUCCUGUCAUGGUAUCUUCUAACUCCUGUCAUCUCCUGUCCUGUUUGUAGUUCCAAAAUGAUCGUACUGGUAAUUAUAUAUCGUGUACGUUUUAACGGUCUUCUCUCCUCAAUUGACGAUACUCUUAUCUAGGCCAUGAGACCUUUGAUAUUUUAAUUUCACAAACAUUUUUCAUGAAGCAUUCUUUAACUGUUACCUUCCUGUCUCUGAUACCAGCCUAAUGUGUUUCAGGAGAACAUGGCUAUCUCUUGUGGGUCCAGAGCACACCUGGAGGAAGACGCAGUCGCUUCGGUGUGUGACUGUCUGACUUUUAGGAUUUAGCCUAUAGGAUUUAGCCUAUAUGAUUUAGCCUAUAUGAUUAGCCUAUAGGAUUUAGCCUAUAUGAUUUAGCCUAUAUGAUUUAGCCUAUAUGAUUAGCCUAUAGGAUUUAGCCUAUAGGAUUUAGCCUAUAUGAUUUAGCCUAUAUGAUUUAGCCUAUAGGAUUUGGCCUAUAUGAUUUAGCCUAUAGGAUUUAGCCUAUAGGAUUUAGCCUAUAUGAUUAGCCUAUAGGAUUUAGCCUAUAUGAGUCUUGUGAGUAGUAUAUUGACAGUAAAAAGGUCCUUGUUGUUUUUUUUAUAUUAACUGCCGUGUUUUGUUAAUGUCUCCAUGGUAGCGGUCUCUGUUCCGUACGUUCCUGAUGUAUGGGUUCCACUUCCUGGUUUGGUUCUUCUGUGUGCGAGGCAUCAAGGACACGCAGUGUGGCUUCAAGCUCUUCACCCGUGAGGCCGCGCUCAAGACCUUCUCCUCUCUACACGUGGAGCGAUGGUAAGGUCUCCCCCUAACCAUACCAACAUUUACUGAUGUUUACCUCAUAUUCUACUUACUUCAAAUAAACAUCCUCACUACACAUGGAGCGGUGGUAGACUCUUGUCUCUCUCUGUCUCUCUCUGUCUCUCUCUGUCUCUCUCUGUCUCUCUCUGUCUCUCUAUCACUCUCUCUCUCUCUCUCUCUCACUCUCUCGCUAUCACUCUCUCUCUCUGUGUGUGUCUGUCUGUCUUCCGGACAGGAAAACCUAACCAGUGACCUUAUAUCAAAGUUGACAAAUUGUAUAAUAACAAUGUAGUAGUAGUAGUUCUAUUCUACUUCCUGCAAGACAUGAUUGUCACUACAGGGGAUCCGUGGUCAGGUCUCUCUCUGAAGGAGAGCCCUUUACACCUCCUGAUAUUUGCAUUGUGUGAAUGAUGUUAUUACAUAGUCAUUAGAUGGCUCUAUUUGAACGCAACAAUGUAAGGGGACAGUUCAAGACCUUCUCCUCUAUAUAUGUAAAGCAAUGGUUCGGUCUCUCUCUCUCCACGAGAACACUUACACACACACACACACACACACACACACACACACACACACACACACACAGUCUUCAAAUCAACUUGGAUUUGAACAGUGCCCUGGUAAGGUCUCUCUGAACAGAGAAGGGAUCAUGACUGAAAACAAAAGUUUACUAGUCCAGUACUAACACUCCAUGAGGUUCAACAGUGCUGUACUUUUCAAUACCCACACCUCCUCUGUUGUGAUCAUCCACUGGUUUUGAAAUGCAUCUGCUUGUUGUUGUUGUUGUUGUUGUUAGAACAUUGUACCUAGAAUGUUGUACUGUUCCACAGGGCCUUUGACGUCGAACUACUCUACAUCGCUCAGUGCUUUAAGAUCCCCGUAGCCGAGGUGGCUGUCAACUGGACUGAGAUAGAAGGUAAGUCUGAUAGCCGAGGUGGCUGUCAACUGGACUGAGAUAGAAGGUAAGUCUGAUAGCCGAGGUGGCUGUCAACUGGACUGAGAUAGAAGGUAAGUCUGAUAGCCGAGGUGGCUGUCAACUGGACUGAGAUAGAAGGUAAGUCUGAUAGCCGAGGUGGCUGUCAACUGGACGGCGAUAGAAGGUAAGUCUGAUAGCCGAGGUGGCUGUCAACUGGACUGAGAUAGAAGGUAAGUCUGAUAGCCGAGGUGGCUGUCAACUGGACUGAGAUAGAAGGUAAGUCUGAUAGCCGAGGUGGCUGUCAACUGGACUGAGAUAGAAGGUAAGUCUGAUAGCCGAGGUGGCUGUCAACUGGACGGCGAUAGAAGGUAAGUCUGAUAGCCGAGGUGGCUGUCAACUGGACUGAGAUAGAAGGUAAGUCUGAUAGCCGAGGUGGCUGUCAACUGGACUGAGAUAGAAGGUAAGUCUGAUAGCCGAGGUGGCUGUCAACUGGACUGAGAUAGAAGGUAAGUCUGAUAGCCGAGGUGGCUGUCAACUGGACUGAGAUAGAAGGUAAGUCUGAUAGCCGAGGUGGCUGUCAACUGGACUGAGAUAGAAGGUAAGUCUGAUAGCCGAGGUGGCUGUCAACUGGACUGAGAUAGAAGGUAAGUCUGAUAGCCGAGGUGGCUGUCAACUGGACUGAGAUAGAAGGUAAGUCUGAUAGCCGAGGUGGCUGUCAACUGGACUGAGAUAGAAGGUAAGUCUGAUAGCCGAGGUGGCUGUCAACUGGACGGCGAUAGAAGGUAAGUCUGAUAGCCGAGAUGGCUGUCAACUGGACAGCGAUAGAUCGGCCUCCCAGACCACACAUGCCUCCACGGUACCGGGUUUCGAGCCUCGGCUCGGCCAACUGGCUGUGCCCAUCCUCUCUGCUAACCAGUCUCCCGACUCUUCUAACUGUCCUGUCAUUAAAACAAUAAAAUACGUAAGGAGAUCAGAGUUCCCGGUCUCAUUUUUAAUUUUUUUUAAAUGAUAAAAGAGAUGUUUUAAUGUCUCUGGGGCCAAGUUGUUUCCAGUCGCAGGCUACUGAUUAACUCUAAUGUGUUAGUGGUUUCUACUGGGUAACCUCAUUGUAACUGUGGUUCAAAAUCUGCUGUUAUAGUAUAUUAUAACGCCCGAGGGGGUGUGGUAUAUGGCCAAUAUACCACGGCUAAGGGCUGUUCUUACGCACGACGCAACGCGGAGUACCUGGAUACAGCCCUUAAUGUGUUAUUAGGCCCAUCAGAGGUAAUCAGUUAACUCAAGUUAACUUUUUGUAAUUUUAGUGCGAUCAUUUUUUUAAAUCACAAUUAAUCACAUUGUCUGAAAGCAUUACAAAUACACUGAAAACAUCUAUACAGCUCAAAUCUACAUUUAAAACCAAGUUGGCAUUGAGGCUAAAUAAAGUGUGAUUUCGCAAUAUACCUAAUGUUGCUAACUGUUACUUUAGACAAAAUCAAUAUACCUAAUGUUGCUAACUGUUACUUUAGACAAAAUCAAUAUACCUAAUGUUGCUAACUGUUACUUUAGACAAAAUCAAUAUACCUAAUGUUGCUAACUGUUACUUUAGACAAAAUCAAUAUACCUAAUGUUGCUAACUGUUACUUUAGACAAAAUCAAUAUACCUAAUGUUGCUAACUGUUACUUUAGACAAAAUCAAGACGUCAUUGUUUUUUGUGUAAAAAAUCUUAAAUUACAGCUCACUUUGAGCAAAUUCUGAAUAUGCGGUUAAGUGCGAUUUUAAUUGCAGCAAAUCAUUUUUUAAAACAUUUGACAGCCCUAGUUAUAAUGUGUUAUAUUGUGUUAUAGUGUGUUAUAGGGUGUUAUAAUGUGUUACAUGUUGGUUAAAAAGGGUGUUUAUAACUGUUUUAUCCGGGAUGUUCUACCUCUGUGUUAUCGGCGUGUGGUUUAUAAUGCUUAUAGGGUGUUUAUGUGUUAUAUGUGUUAAGGGUGUUAUAUGUGUUAUAUUAGGGUGUUUAUUAUAGUUGUUAUAGGGUGUUAUAAUGUGUUAUAAUGUGUUAUAGGGUGUAAUGUGUUAUAGGGUGUUAUAGGGUGUUAUAAUGUGUUAUAAUGUGUUAUAGGGUGUUAUAAUGUGUUAUAGGGUGUUAUAGGGUGUUAUAAUGUGUUAUAGGGUGUUAUAAUGUUGUUUAUGCGUUUAUGGGUGUUAUCAUGUUAUCAUGGUGUUUAAGGUGUUAUGCAUUAUGGUGUUAUGCGUUAUAAUGUGUUAAGGGUGUUAUAAUGUGUUAAAGGGUGUUAUAAUGUGUUAUAGGGUGUUAUAAUGUGUUAUAGGGUGUAAUGUGUUAUAGGGUGUUAUAGUUGGUGUUAAUGUGUUUAAUGUUUAUCUCGGGUGUUCUCCUGUGUUUAGGGUGUUAUAGGGUGUUAUAGGGUGUUAUAAUGCGUUAUAAUGUGUUAUAGGGUGUUAUAAUGUGUUAUAAUGUGUUAUAGGGUGUUAUAAUGUGUUAUAAUGUGUUAUAGGGUCUAAACUGGUGCCAGUGUGGAGCUGGUUACAGAUGGGGAGAGACCUGCUGUUCAUCCGCCUGCGUUACAUCACUGGUGCCUGGAAACUGGAGAGCCCGCGCAAGACCGACUAG